AUGCUCGUGCCAAGCUCGCCGUUCAAAAUUUCAGAGGUUCGAAAUCUCUUCUCGUUCGCCAGACACGGUCGAUACGGCGAGCUGAAAAAGUUGAUCAUGAAGGGCGUCCCCCUCGACGCUCGGGACGAAAUGGGCAACUCAGCGCUCAUCAUCGCUUGUCAAAACGGUCAAGGUCGAUGCGUGAAGCUUCUCAUUCGAAGCGGCGCCGAUCCAAACGUUCAAAACAAGCACGGGAACACCUCGUUGCAUUUCUCGCUCCACUUUCGCUUCGACGCCAUUUCGGAUUUUCUCCAGCGUCACGGCGGUUUGACCAACAUCCAGAAUCACGACGGGCAAACGUGCUACGAAUUCGUCGGAUGA